AGGUUAUAUUGCGAUAUUUGGUGGAUAUUUGGGUUAUUUCGGGUUAGGUUUCAGAUUCAGAUUUUUAAAUUAUUUCUUUAAAGUUUCGUAUUUUGUCGAUAUUUAAGUGUAUCGUAAAAAAAAUGAUGUCCCGCAGCUGGAGGCAUUUAUGCCGACGAUAUUCACAAGCAGUAACUUUUAGAACCACAGAAAGUUCUCCAGCCCUACACAAUGAAAAACAAAUAGGUUUAUUCUACUCCGUGGACAAAGACCUGGUAAAGCAGCUGUAUGGACAUGGGGGGUUUCCGAGGAGCUUCAUGAAGCAAACCAAAACUUUCACAGAAACCACUAUCAUGGUGAGGCAGCCAGCUCUAGACAUGAUGGACUGCAUCAAGGCUACAGACUUUGAUAAGCCUAUCAACAAAUAUGUUUUAUAUGGUGAAAAAGGUGCAGGAAAAUCUAUGACGCUAGCCCACUUACUACACUUUGCACAUACAGAAGGAUUCUUGAUAGUUCAUGUGCCCUGGGUGUCAGAGUGGUUACGCCGAGUCACAAGGAUGAAGGAGAUGUCCAACUCACCGACGAGGGAAGGCUUGGUCGACCUCCCCCUGGACGCAGCGGCCUGGCUGUUGCAUUUUAAAAAUCAAAAUCAAGCACUUCUUAAAUCUGGAAAUUUGACGACGUCAGAGCAGUACGUGUGGAGCAAGCGCGAGCGCACGGCGGCGGGCGCGGCGCUGCUGGAGCUGCUGGAGCUCGGCAUCAGCCGCGUCAAGUUCUCCUGCGACGUCGUGCACAACCUGCUCAGGGAGAUCAAGCGGCUAUCCAGCGCCAAGCAAUGUAAAACUUUCGUAGCCAUCGAUGGCUUCAAUGGUUUCUUCUACCCCCUGACUCGGCUGAGAACCCCCACCAAGAGGACGGUGAAGCCGGAAGAAGUCUCCCUCGCCACAUCUUUCUUGGAACUCACCAAGCCUGACUGGAAUAAUGGCUUGGUAGUGGUGACAGCAGACCAAUUGGCCGUACCUGAUGACCAUCAAGAAAGUUUCCUGCCAAAAUAUUUACUGUACAAACAGGGCUUUGAACAUCUAGAUCCCUUUAUCCCUAUCGAAGUAACAAGGUACACUGAAAAAGAGUUCACAUCAUGUGCCGCUUACUACAGAGACAGGUUAUGGCUACGGGGACCUCCGGAGACAGAAACUGAGCUGAAGUUUACUAGUGCGUGCAAUCCUUAUAGGUUUAUGGAGCAGUGCGCUCCUUUGUAAAUAGUGUUCAAAUAUAGUUUUAAUAAAAUUAGUAAAUAAUUU